GGGGGGGAACACGAGAGUGCGGUUCGCCUGGUGCUGGAAAAAACACCCGCUGUGGUUCGUGCUGGCCUGCAGGGAUUGCAACAUCGACCGACUGUUGCUACCUCUCAGAUGGGAUCUCACUGAUGUCUGACUGCGAGUCCAGAGGAGAAACACUGAUCUGAGAGUGAUUUUACAUGUUCACAGGGACAGACGGACAUAUUGAUUUUUUAGAAAACAAGCACUGCUGGACCCAUGGGGGACCUGAGGCAGAAGAUUGGAGUCAUGUCACAGACGAUAUGUCCGAGUUCACAAGCUCCGUCUGAAGAGGACUUAAAGGCCCCAAAUGGCGGCAAAACAGAGAAAAUGCAGAUGAAGAGGGAGAUUUCCCUCAUCAAUGGGAUCUGCCUCAUCGUGGGCAACAUGAUUGGUUCUGGGAUUUUUGUUUCACCGAAGGGCGUCCUCAUGCACAGCGGCUCUUACGGCCUGUCGCUGCUCAUCUGGGCUCUUGGAGGCAUCUUCUCAGUGUUUGGAGCUCUGUGCUAUGCAGAGUUGGGAACCACCAUCACCAAGUCUGGAGCCAGCUACGCCUACAUCCUGGAGUCGUUCGGAGGCUUCCUGGCUUUCAUCCGCCUGUGGACGUCCAUCCUGCUGAUCGAGCCGGCCAGCCAGGCGGUGAUUUCCAUCACCUUCGCCAACUAUCUACUGGAGGCUUUCUACCCCACCUGCCAGCCGCCGUACAAUGCGAUCCGCCUCUUAGCUGCAGCCUGCCUCUGUAUACUCAUCUUCAUUAACUGUGCCUAUGUGAAGUGGGGCACUCUGGUCCAGGACAUCUUCACUUACGCCAAACUCAUGGCCCUCUUCCUCAUAAUCAUCAUGGGAAUCCUGAAAAUGUCUAUUGGACAAACAAAGAGCUUUGAGAGUCCAUUUGAAGGCUCCUCCACAGAUCCUGGAGCUGUAGCUUUGGCCCUUUACUCGGCUCUGUUCUCCUACUCUGGCUGGGAUACUCUCAACUUUGUCACGGAGGAGAUCCAGAAUCCAGAGAGAAAUCUGCCCCUGGCCAUCGCCGUCUCCAUGCCCAUAGUGACCAUCAUCUACCUGCUGACCAACGUGGCGUAUUAUGUGGUUUUAGACAUGCCGUCUCUGCUGUCCAGUGACGCUGUUGCUGUGACGUUUGGAAAUGCAGUCUUGGGUCCUUUCAACUGGAUCAUCCCUGUUUCAGUGGCCAUGUCCUGCUACGGGGGACUCAAUGCUUCCGUCAUCGCUGCAUCACGGCUGUUUUUCGUUGGAGCCAGAGAAGGCCAUCUCCCCAACAGCCUGAGUCUGAUCCACCUGGAGCGCUACACGCCCAUACCUGCACUGCUCUUCAACGGAUUAAUGGGCCUGAUCUUCCUGUGUGUGGAGGACGUGUUUCAGCUCAUCAACUAUUUCAGCUUUAGUUACUGGCUCUACGUUGGUCUGUCUGUGGCCGGACUCAUCUACCUGCGCAUCACCCAGCCAGACAGACACAGGCCUGUCAAGCUGACCUUGUUCUUCCCCUUCAUCUACUGCCUGUGUAGCCUGUUCUUGGUGAUCGUCCCUCUUUACGGAGACACCAUUAAUUCUCUAAUAGGAAUCGGCAUCGCGCUGUCUGGGAUCCCAGUUUACUAUGUUGCCAUCUACCUGCCUGAGGAGAGGAGGCCCAAAUUCAUACGCAAACUAAACACUGCUGCCACCAGAUACACCCAGAUGUUGCUCUACUGCUGCCUGACGGAGUUCGACGUCGAGGAGGAAACCGAAGCAGGAAGUAAAACUCAGUGAGCUGCAGAUGGACUUCAUCGGUCUGAGCUGAGGCCUCAGUCCUGGAGAACACGGCAUUUGGGUGGACAGAGCGGCGAGUCUCACAACAUUUGUGAGGAUUACUUGUGCCAGGUCAAGUUAAAAAAAGACGAACGUGUCAAAUGACUCACCAGGAAGGAGCGGAUGAACUGUUGCUCUCUCCAGUGUACACUUUUCUACAGAGGAUUAUCUUCUAUGAGGAUUUGAAUGGAACUAUUUUCAAUAUCUGUAGUUGCAGGUCACGAUUUAUUUAUGAGUGACGGUAUAAUUUUAUUAUUUUUUUUUAAAUUUAAAUCUUAUGACAACCGUAACUUUGAGGAAGCAUGUUGAAUCUAAUUAUUUAUUCAGGGAUAUUUUUACAUGUUCAUAUGUGAAUAGCUGUGUAAAUGAAAACUGCCAAUGUCAAGCUGAAGCUGUUAAAGUUAUCGUUGUUCCACUAAGUUUGCAUAUUAUGUUUCCUAAACCUUUGCAUUCACACUGAGUGUAUUUAUUUAGACCAUUUUAAAAUGAAUCAACCUUUAAAUCCUCAGGUGUUUCGUUGCACUUAUCUGGCUGAUCUGAGCAGUUUGUCUGCAGGCUCUGAGUCGUGUUUUUUUUUUAAAUGUCAGAGCAGGUUUUUGGAAGCCAAACACUCCCUGCAUCCUGGUAUGAAACUCCCUCAUUUGCUUUUAGCAGGCUGCAGCUUCAUCUGUCCUCCCUGUCAGACCAGUUCAACUCAAACUAACCUCAACUGCUCCAUCUACAGGAGAACUGCAUGAGUACAGAACUAAACUACUGGUGCAUUUGUAAUCUGCAGUCAGAGAGUGUUGCACUGAAACUUGCCUUCUCUUUCCAGUGCCUCUAAAAAAUCUGUAUUGACAGCAUUUUAAUUAUAAAAUCGUUUCAUUGCACUGGAAACAACUGUGAGUCCGAGCACUUUACCAGCUUAAUGCUUUUCAAAAUGAAAUCCAUUCAUCCAGUACCUAUCCUCAUUAGGGUCAUGGGGGGCUGGAGUCUAUCCCAGCUGACUUAAGGUGAAGGCAGGGGACUCCCUGGACAGGUCACCAGUCUACACAUAGAGACAAACAAUCACACUCACAUUCACACCUGCAGACAAUUUAGAAUUAUCAGUUAACUGCAGCAUGGUUUUGGACUGUGGGAGGAAGCUAGAGAACCCACAGAAAACCCCCACAUGCACAGGGAGAACAUGUAAACUCCAUGCAGAAAGAUCCCAGAGCGAGAACCGGGGAUCUUCUAGCUGCGAGUCGACAGUGCUAACCACCAAGCAGCCCUCAAAAUGAAAUGUUUCUUUGUUUUUUUUACACAUCAGGUUCAGUCAAACACACUGGAUUUACACUUGUAACUUUUGGCCUACUUGACCAAUGUGUGCUUUGUUUCUCUUCUUACAAAGUUAUAUUGUCGUAUCUAACCCUCUUUAGCUGGCGUGAAAUUGAACUUUCUCUGUUGUAAACGCACUUUGCUUCAUUACCCUUUUGUAUUUGAUUAAACUGCAAAGAUUUUUUGCAUCAAA